AUGCUUAUAUGUUGGUAUGUGGCAGUGUAUUUUAUAGUUCUCAGUUUGGAACAAAACACUCAUUUGAUAACGGAAACAUCAAUUGCAAUCGAUGAAAAUGCAAAAUUGGUAGUAUUUGGUAUGAGACAUGGCAAUCGUCAUCCGGAAAAGUUUUUGAACGAGAAUUCACGAACUUGGGGUUUUGAAGGGGUUAAUGAAUUAACGCAGUUUGGUAAGCGUGAAGGAUUUGGUUUUGGCAAAGAACUUCGUGAAUUUGUGGGUCCGUUAGUUGGUAAUAAUUACAUGCGUCAUGAGGUAGCAUUCUAUACCUCUAGCGUGAAUCAUUGUCAAAUGACGCUACAGGUCGUUAUGGCAGGUUUCUAUCCACCGGAUACAUUUGCCGAAUGGAAUCAUGCCCUAGAAUGGUCACCGGUACCAUACACUAUCGAUGAUCCAAUGUUACGAAUGUAUUCUGUUCCGAAUUGUAGUGUCGCUCAACAAGGUCAUUUAUCACUGAUGAGCUCUUAA